UAAUAUUUGUUAUUACAAACAUUACUAAAAAAAGAUUGUUCUCGAUAAUUUUUAAAAAUUUAUUUAUUUAAUAUUCAUAACGCGUUGAUAAAAUAUUAUAUUCCAAAGAUGUAGUAGAAGGUUAAAAAUAAACGCUAUAGUUUUGUUAUUGUUUCACUUUCAAAUACAUCAGGGUUGUUUGUAGGUUAGGUAUUGAGUUAUUCAUAGUAAUAACUUCAAAUCAUUAUUGUUUUCUUUCAAUUAAUAAUACUAUACAAAAUGUUAUGUUGGGGCAAUGCAACUCAUCACGAAUUAUGUCUGGAGAGCUCUGUUGAUCUAGAUUUGGUAAUAAAACCAACACUUUCAAAAUGGAAAGAAAGUAGUCACAUCCAAUCAGUUGCAGCGGGACAAUUUCAUACAUUAUAUCUUACUAAUGUUGGUCAUUUGUACUCAUGUGGUAAUAAUGAUGUGGGUCAAUUAGGAAGACAUGCAGCAAGUGAUGAUGGAAAAACUCCAGCACUGGUGGAAACAUUCAAGGGAUGCAGUUUAUCUGCCAUAGCUUGUGGACUGCAGCACUCAAUGGCUAUAGAUGAAUGGGGUCAACCAUUUAGUUGGGGUUCUGAUAGUAUGGGACAGUUAGGCAGCAAUUUAGGUGCAUAUGCUCAAGAUAAACCAAAAAUUAUCAAAUUUCUGGCUACAAGGAACGUAAUACAGAUCGCUUGUGGAUCUUACCAUUCAAUAGCAUUGACGAAUAAUGGUGAAUUGUAUGCAUGGGGCGCAAAUAGCUAUGGUCAAUGUGGUUUGGGAACAGUCUCAAAGAAAGAAACAACACCAAAACAGAUAACUUCAUUGAUUGGUGUUCCAAUAGCAUUUGUUGCAUGUGGAAGUAACCACACAUUUGUGUUAUCAAAAUCUGGAGCUGUUUUUGGUUUUGGUAAAAAUAGUCAUGGUCAAUUAGGGCUACAAGAUAGAGAAAGUAGAUGCUAUCCUACUCAUUUAAAAACAUUGCGGAGUGUUAAGGUGUGUCAUAUAUCAUGUGGGGAUGAUUUCACCGCUUUUCUAACAUUAGAUGGAGGAGUGUUCACAUGUGGUACUGGUGAAUAUGGACAGACCGGCCAUGGAGUGACUAGAGAUGAAUUAGUUCCUAGGAAGAUAAUGGAGUUAAUGGGCAGUACAGUGACGCAGAUAGCAUGCGGCAGAAGCCACGUGCUGUGUCGUGUCGGAGAGCGCGUGCUGGCCUGCGGGUACGGAGCCCGGGGCCAGCUGGGGUGCCCGCACAUGACAUUCUUGUUGGUCCCCACUCCGGUACCCAUUGUACCUACAGAUGAUUCACCUCCAAAGAAGAAGUCUAAGCUGGAAAGUUCAAGUGCUUUUAGUAAACCAGGAGCAUCCAAAUUUAAUUUUACACAAGAAAAUCUAAACGGGCGUAUAAGAGUGUUCGCCGGCGGCGAUCAUAGUUUUCUCGUUAUAAAUAGCGACAAGUCAAAACCUGUCGACGACCGUCUGCCGGAGUCUAAGAAACAGAUAUUGACUCUCGCCAUACCGAAGCUUGCGGCUUGCGAGGUCUUCAAAGACGAGGAUGUUGUAAACCAAGAUCUAUUGGCGUAUUUGGAAACUGUAUUCGGCUCGUUAUCGUGUAUGAAUGGUUCAUUUUUGCUGCAAAAUAGUGCGCAUUAUGGUUGCAACACGAAGGUCCCCGGAGUAGACCUAAAGAAGACUGAAGAGGCAUUUAAUAUUAUUAGUCGAUAUGAAAAUUCAACAAUCAAAGAACUCAUAUUUUCUCAUCUGACCGAGGACAUCAUAAAGGGUGUAAAGAGUUCGCCGCCGGACGCGGAGGCCCUGCGGGUGUUCUUAAUACUUCCUCUGUAUCAUGAGAUGAGGAACCCCAGGAGACAUCCGGAGCUCCAGGGUCCAUUUGCGGAGGCGUUUAACAAGCUUCAGUUGCAUCCACAACGGAUAGUACAGUUGUGGUGGGAUUCUCAGAGCACCGAGUACUUCGAGAUAUUGGUGGACAUAUUCAAGAGUGUGAUUGUGUACGAACUGAUGCAGCCCGUUGUCAGAGCCAACAAGAAAAUUAAUUUCACCCACAGUGUCAUUCAAAUACUCAAUACGUUGACAACACUUAAUAAAAUUAACUUCACAAACCCGAAGAAACCAAAGAUAUCAGCUGAAUGUUUCUAUAUAGAAGAUCUGUGUAACUACGUGGAUAUAGCAACAGAUUAUAUUAAUUGGCUGUCCGACCAAAACUCGACACAACCGCACCUCUGCAACUACGCCUUCCUGUUCGACGUGCAGUGCAAGUCGCUGCUGCUCAAGAUCGACCAGCAGCUUCAGAUGCAGAUGGCCGUGAGCCGGGCCACGACCAUGAUGUUCACGAGGCUGUUCGUAGACCCCACGUACGAGUACCACAGGGACCAGUUCCUCAACCUCACUGUAUCGAGGAACCAUAUCGUGAGGGACACGAUGCUCCAAAUUAGUAAUCACGAUAGCUCGCAACUCAAAAAUCCGCUUCGAGUAGAGUUUGUUGGCGAAGAAGCUGAAGAUGCCGGUGGUGUGAAGAAGGAGUUCUUUCUACUGUUGCUGAAGGAAAUAUUCGAUCCCGUGUACGGAAUGUUCAUGCAGUCGGAGGAAACUAACAUGAUAUGGUUCUCUAGCAAUCCAUUGGAAGAUGACGUCAUGUAUUAUUUGAUAGGAGCAAUCUACGGAUUAGCGAUCUACAAUUCGAUAAUAAUCUACGUGCCGUUCCCGUUGGUGCUGUAUAAGAAGUUGCUUGGUGAAGCGGUCAUGUUGGACGAUCUCUCCGACCUCCAUCCCACGCUCGCCAACAGUCUCAAAAGCUUGCUGGAAUACACGGAAGAAGAUGUUGAAGAAGUGUUCAGCUUAUGUUUCGCUGUGAACACGGUCGUGUUCGACCAGCUCCAGGUGCACCCGCUCAAGGAGGGCGGCGAGAGCCUGCCCGUGACCCUCGAGAACAAGGCGGAGUACGUGGACCUCUACGUGGACUUCCUGCUCAACAAGUCCGUUGAGAAUCAAUUCAAAGCGUUCAACCAGGGAUUUCAAAAAGUGUGCGGCGGAAGGAUAGUAAAACUGUUCAGAUCUUACGAGCUCAUGUCGGUAGUGAUCGGCAACGAGGAGUACGACUGGGAAGUGUUCGAGACCAACUGCGAGUACAAGAACGGGUACUCGGCCACGGACCAGGAAGUCAGAUGGUUCUGGGAAGUGUUCCACGAGUUGUCCAUUGAAGAUAAAAAGAAGUUCCUAUUGUUCCUGACGGGCAGUGACCGAGUGCCCAUACAAGGGAUGAAGGAUAUUAAGAUUCGCAUCCAGCCGGUAGCAGACGACCGGUUCUUCCCCGUGGCGCACACGUGCUUCAACCUGUUGGAUCUCCCGCGGUACAAGACGAAGGAGAAACUCAAGUACUACUUGGUACAGGCCAUCCAACAGACGCAGGGCUUCUCGCUUGUCUGACAUGCGGCGACAUCAAACAGAAUAUUGCACACACGGCCAACGAGACAAGAUAAAGAGAACCAACGACCCUCCUUUACACUCUACUUUAUUCUUUUUUUCAAAUGCGCUCUUACCUUUAUUCUUGUUAAGUACGCCGCGUGCUAUUUUAAUUCGGUUCCGGUUCAUUUCUUCUCGAACAUUUUACACAUAUCAAACAUUUUGCGCGUAAGUUCUAGCGGUAAUGUUAAUUGCGUUUUGGACAUACACUGAAUUUGUUAUAUACAAUACAAACUUUUAUUAUUAUGCAUUGGCGUAAAAAGCUUCUAAAAAUAGUGACAAAACAAAAAAAAAGUUUAACAUGUUUUAUUAAAAAAUACAUUUGGAAAUAGUAGGAAAAAGGGAGUUGAAGUUACUUUCGUAAAAGUAUGUGAGUAAAAUAGUAAGCAGCACUUCGCCCACCUUCCUACCUUCCUUCGGUAAGUUCUUUAUCAUUGAUCGCGGUACUCGAAUUCAUUUAAAAUAAUGUCUCGUACAAAUCGUUUCACACGUUUCAAAGACGAGCCUGAUAGACAAACAAAACUUUUAAAAUUGAAUUUUGGUACUUAUCAAUUCAAUGGAAACAUUCAUCUGGACGUAUUUAGUAAUAGGAUUUUAUUUUAAUAUUUCAAACAGACAAAUGCAUUUUAAUUCAAUGCCUGUAUUUGGAAUGUUGGUCUAGAAAUCGCUCUGUCUGGCGUGUGUCACCAGUACUUGAUGUGUCAUCAGCUCUCUCAUUGAACAAUGUUACAACAAUACCAACAUUAAAUACGAAUUAUUUCUUUUUACAUUUGUUUCUGUUUAGAGUGCGCCCUAGCUACUGACAUUACUGACCUAAUAACUACAUUUUAUGUCCCAAAGUGGCGAGCUCAAUAGGUCACUUUCAUCUAUCAAAAUUAGUAAAUAAUUUUAUUUAUACAGUUUUUACCAUAAGAAAUACGAAAUCAAUACUAAAUUGUUAUAAAUAACAUGAGAAUCAUUUAUAUUUUCAAAUUUAAAAUCAUAGUUUUAUUAUCUGUAGGGUAAAAGUGGGAUAGAUGCCCCACUUUUUGUAAGCUGACUAUAACAUUUUUUUUAAAGCACUAUUCGAGUGAGUUAACUAUUUGUAACAACUAUAGUCCUUAUACUUACUAUCUACUCAUAUCAUUAUUCAAUGCAUACCGUAGAUUUGUAGAUAUUCGGCUGUUAAAAAAACUUAUUGUUUGAGGAUAGACGCCUAUUGUAUGGGGUAGAUGCCCCUGGCAAAAUUUCGACAUGAGUAUAUAUGCCCUGCUAUGGGAUAGAUGCCUCCGUAAUAAAAAAAAAUCGUAGAAAAUUAAAUAAAAUGUUUAUUUGCUUUCUUAGUUGCAAUAAUAUAUUAUAAAGAUUUCUUAUCCAAAUAUACCGUAAAACUGAAGUAAAUGGUACUUUUAUAGGAACAAAUGGCUCAGUCUUUCAAUCAUUCUUUGGGCAAACUUAGCAACUUAACAACGUCUAUUAAAAAUUAUUUAAAACUUUACAGAACUAAAUUUAGGAAUAAUAAAACUUAAAACAAAUCCGUCCCUUAAGACUUCUUUGGGAAAAAACAAAGCUUUCUUCUUAAAAAAAAAUAACAGUAAUCAAAAUUUUUAAGUACUCAACAAAUAUAGAGAUACUGUUUACUUUGGCCAGGUUACUUCUUCUUUGAAUUCACUUUGGCCAGGUUAACUUUCAGAGCUGCAAGCUUCUUCUUGGGUCCACAUCUAUUACAGUAAUCGCCAUAUAGCGUGCAAUCUUCGUGUAACCAGAGUUUACACAUCAGGCACUGAAUCCAGUCCGCCGUGGACUUGGUACUUGCAUAGUCAUCGAAACAUUCUCUGCAUUGAGUAUUUUCUUUAUCAGAUUCAGUCUGGUCAGAAUCUGAUUCAUCGAACUCUUGUUCACUUUCAGAGCUAAACCUCGGUCUUUUCUUUUUAGGAACUGAUUUUUGGUUGUUUUUUCUAGGUUUGUCUGGUGUUUGCUUCUUAGCUUUACCUUUCAACUUAGCUUCCUUAGAGUGAAUAUGUUCUUCUGAAUUUAAAACGGCAGCACCUUGCUUGCCUCUUUUGUAUAAUGGAACAGGAAUUUUCGGGAUAGGUGAACAUUCGUUAAGAUAUUUACUUGGAGUUAUGACUUCUACACUUUCAGGCUCCCUAUUGAUAGUUGACGACGAUGGACCAGGCUGGGGCUCAACAUAAUAUGAAUUCACAUCAGCAAUAGCGUCGAGUUCCCUUGCUACUGGUUGGUCUUGAGCAAGGUUUCCUUCAUCUAGAUUUUGAAAGCUGUUAUCAGAGAUAGCAAAGUAGCUGUCGGGAAUAGCAGAAGGAUUGUACGGGACACCACAUGCACGAAACCCAUUCACAGCAUUAGAAGAGGUAGCAGCGCGAGCCCAUGCGUUACCUAUUAAUUUUCCAGCAAUGUAUCGAUUUAUUUUUCGAUCUUUGUGACUCAACAUCCAGUUUUUAGUUUCUGAAGCGAAGUAAGUUUUGAAAGGUUUAAAAAAACUCCGGUCAAGCGGUUGUAAAGCCUGUGUAGUGUGGCUUGGCAAACAGAACAAUAUGAUGUCAUUUUCUUGUGCUAAUUCUAGAAAAACAAUAGCAGUAGUGUGAGAUGAAUGCCCGUCAAGUAUAAGCAAAACCUAACCCUGUAGUUUUAUUGGCACGAACUGUUCUUUCAGACACUUUUGAAAGAGUUCUGAGUUGACGUAGGCAGAUUUUUUUUUCAUGUACACUUUGGCUCCGGGCGGAAGACCCUCUAAUAACUCUGGUCUUUUAUUGACCCCCUUGAUAAUGACCACUGGAGGAACAUAGUUGCCAACAGCGUUACAGCAAGCUAUAAUUGACAUUGUCUCACCUUUUUCGCUAGAAGUGAUGGAAUUUACUACUUUGGCACCUUUAGUAGCAAUAACUUUACCAGGAACUUACUACUUACUACUUUUCAUUUGAACCCCAGUUUCGUCAAUAUUAUAAAUUCGAUCAAAUCAUUUUCAGUUAGUACUUUUAGCAACAAUUCAAACAUUUUGUUUACUUCAUCUCGAUUUAAUCCUUGAGCCCUUGCAAUAGACAAACCUUCUGCCUGGUGAAUACUGAGUUCUGGGUGUCGUUCAAGAAAUGAUUUGAGCCAGUGCUGACCAGCCAUACGUGUCUCUUUGUUAAAAGAAUUUUCCAAACCCAGUUUCUCGGCAAAUUCAAAAGCGAGUCUUCUUACAUCCUGUCGUGUUGUGGGAAAUCCUGCCUUUUCUAAUUUUUGUAUGUGCGCUACGAGACGUUUCUCGUUGUCAAAGUCCAGUGUGGGAUGUUUUCCUGAAAAAGAAGAAAUUAAUAGGUAUAGAAAAAAAACUGAGGAUUCAAAAAGGACAAGUAUGAAAAAACAAACUAAGAAGACAGUGCCUAAAUUGAAUUUGAUUAGGGCAAUUAAUUCCUCUAUUACUUACCCAAAGUAAGUUUUUCACAGUUUUUUUUAGCAUAUCGCCGCCUCAAAGUUCGAGAUGGAAUACCAUAACGACGAGAUAUUUCAUUUACACCGACUUGGCCUUUAUCCAUUUCCCCAAAAGCUUUGCAAAGGGCUUCUUCAGACCAAGCAGCACGAACGGGUGCCCCUAUUUUCCUUUUAUAUUUUCGCGGCAUUUUGUCUAAAAUAAAAAAUGAAAUUAGGUGAUACGCUGCAUUAUUUUUUACAAGUACAGUGAAGUACGACAUGUAAAGGUAUAAACUGCUCAUAAAUAAACUGGAAAAUCAAUUUUCCUACUAAGUUGCAUAUUAACUAGAUAGGUACGUUAUUUAAAAAAAUCUUACCUAUAGCCUAAGUACCUGUGAAUAAGUCAUUGAGGAUAUAUGCCUCUAAGGGCGUCUAUACUCAGUCAAUAGUGGGGCCUCUAUCCUUUUUAGUAGGGAUAGACGCCCCAGCAAAUAAAUAAAAAUACUUAAAUAAUUUCGUAAUUUUAUAAACACACCAUAAAUAUAAAUAAUACAUACUAUUUAAAUAACAAUACACACUUAAACUUCCCUUCGAAAACGAAAGUUCUGAACACGUCAAAAUGUCACUGUCACAAGAAUCAUGCAAGCGCGAUAAAAUUUUGCAAUGUUUUUUUAACUCAAGCGGCGACACGUGCAGUCCUGUCGAAGCGCGUGCGCGGACUGAGCUGUGGGGGCGAGAUCUGUCCGAGGAACUUGGUACUAGAGCGUGAACUUAGUUUUAAAUUCGCUUUUUUUAAGGUGCGGCGUCUAUCCUCCAAGGGCGUCUAUCCCACUUUUACCCUACGUCACGUGACCGGCUGUGACGUCACUAGCAGAAAAAAUUUGUUUUAAGUAACACCAACGAUACUGAUUAUACAAGGUUUUUUUUUUUUAUAAAAUCGAUAAGGAUUGAUUGCACUGGAUAUUUAUCCUUUGUUUGUUUAACCUUAAAAUAUAUUUUUUUUGCAUAAAGUGGAAUUGUUAUUUAGGAAGUAAAAAUAUCGAAUGUUUACGAUCAUUUUCGAAUAUAUUUAAAAAAAAUCGAAGAUUAGCCUAUUGCGAUGCCGCUCAAAAUUUUGGAUUCAAUCAAGAAUCAUAAGCGGCUCUACAUUGUAAUGGGCAGGGCGUAUCAUUUACUAUCAGCCGAACGUCUUGCUCGUUUCGUCACUUUUUCUCAUAAAAUAAAUUUAAACCUUUUCUCUUUGUAAUUAAUUCUUGUUUAAAAGUUAAUAUCAAAACCUUUCCAAUUUGUCGGCGGAAAGGACAAUGAAUACGGCCAGUGCAUGUCUAGUGACAUUUAAGUCGCGUGUUAAUUGUUAUUAUUAGUUUUUGAUAAUGUGUACAGACCCUGGGCGUCCCUCCUGAACAUAAGUCUAAAUAAAUAAAAAAGGAAAAUCACUCAGUUAAGACUAACAAUAAUACCAAAGUAAAAUAUAACAAUAUAGUCGCCACAUACUUAAAACACAGGAACUCAUCUCAAGUUAAAUUUAUGCAAAUUAUAUCUUUUAAUUAUUAAGGUAAUGAUUAUUCUAGAGUAUAUUUUGAGAAGUGAAAUUUAAAUCAGGUAAACGGGCUCAAAUUGUUUAUACUAAAUAUUAGAUGGUAAUAUUAUUAUACUUAUUAAUUAUUGAUAUUAUUUUCUUGCCUAAUUUGAUUUUAUUUUUGUUACUACAACUAGCAUGUAGCGUGUACUACGCUUUCUGAGUUGUAUCAUAUAACACAAAUUAGAGUGACUAGAUUAACUCGUAUAUUGGUCAGUCAAUUUUGAAAUAGUAGGUAUUAAUGCACGGGCGGAAUUAAUGUUGAGUGCGCCAUAGACAAAGUGUAUUCUCCCAUUUUGUUAUCAUCACUUUGCUAGAAUGCCUCCUACGUAGGGCGUUCAAGUAACUAGCGUAAUGCUUAAAUCCUACUGAACACAAUCUCGAGAUAUAUAGAAUAAGGUUGUUAAAAUGAUGCUUCCAAGCAUGUUUAAAUAUAAACCGGGCCACCCGCUACCUACUUGAAACUUUGAUUUGAUUCUCUUGAAAAGAAUAAUACUUAUUACUAUCAAAGUUAUACCUACAGAAAGUGGAUUUCAUUAUGAUUGAAGAGGACGUAAAUUCAUUGCGAUUAUUCAAUUAAUUGUGUAUUUUACAAAGAAGAGACAUUUUUCAGUCGUAUUAAUCGCUAGUGAUCAUAAAAUAAAAUGACAUUUAAAAUUCUGAAACAGAACCAAAAAAUUAAAAAAAAAUAUAUUUUUAGUAUUCAGUAUUCUCUCCCCUUACGCGGAUAACUGCCAGCAUCCUUGUAUUCAUCGGCCUCACGAGCUUGACUAUCGGGAAUGCAUUCUAUUGCUAUUCGCUGCUUUGAAGUCGUUGUUAGAGCCGGUACCUACCUGGGCUCGAACCCGACGUUUCCGCUUAUCCCAUAAGUGUUCUAUCGGAUUCAAGUCCGAGCUUCGAGCUGGCCAUUGUAUAUAUAUAUAUGUAUUCAUCAUGUGUUCAUCGUAGAUGGGUGAAAAUUUAAAGUUGUAUGUAUUUUUUAAUGCCACAUUAUAAAAAAAUAAAAACAAAAAAUUUCGUCCAACAAUUAAAAAAAAAAUUUAAGGGUGAACAACACUUAUUACUUUGGGGUAUGAAAAAUAGAUGUUGGCCGAUUCUCAGACUUACUUAAUAUGCUCACAAAAUUUCAUGAGAAUCGGUCAAGCCGUUUCGGAGGAGUACGGGAACGAACAUUGUGACACGAGAAUUUUAUAUAUAAGAUAUAUGUCACCACGUGAGCAACAUGAGGCCAUGCAUUAUCAUGCAUCAACGGUUCUGUCCGAUAUAUCCUGCGUAACGCUGCAUAAGGUACCAACCACCACAUGGUCUGCGAGGAUUUCAGUUAUGUAGCGAUGAGAAGUUAAUCCAUUUGCACGGCCACAGCCCGUCACUACAGAUCCUCCUCCAUAAGCAACAGUUUCCUCGAUACAACACUCGGAAUAACGUUCUUCUGGGAGAGGAUAUACUCUGACGUCGGUCACUUCAUUCAAUUCCUGUGCUGUCAAGCAAAUUCAAGUCGAGAUCGACGGUUAGCUACCGUUAAUGCCGGGCACCUCUCUUUGGAGUCAGGUUCCGUUCAGCAAGACUCCAUCUGACGGUAUCUGAACUUAUGACCUCUUGGCAUUCACACACUUUAAAAACAAACUAUUCCACAACCUGCAACAAUCAAAAUAUUAAAUUUCGUAUUUAAGUAGCUUUAACUUAACUGUUGUUUUUUAUAAAUAAAAUAUAUUAUGACGAUCAAUAUAUGAGAUUCUCAUUUUAGUCGUGUUGGCGUCGUCUUGCACAUCAUUGGUGUACAAGUCCGUCAAUGUCCGGAGCGUCGCAAGCUUACGUAGCAAUGUAUAUAUAACAUAUGGAUCUCGCCUUUUUAAAUAUCAUAUUAAUUUGAACAAACAUCAGCAAUUUAAUAUUUUACAACAACACAGUUAAUAUCCAUCGCUCCACUCUUUAUAAAUAGAUCGGUGUACCGACGGACAAUAUAAAUGAAAUGAUUCACAAUUACGACUGUCAUCUACUAAAUAAUUAAUAGAACAUUUGUCUCAUGUGAUUGUUCUGUGAUGGCGUGCUGCUAUAUUUCCAUCGUAUUAUCAAUGUGAUGCCAAAAUCAACUGUACAAUGACGUCAAGGAGAUUCUAUAAAGUACUCUUUCGUUUUUAAAUAAUGUUUUACAUUCCGCACGUAUUUAACCGUAUAUAUAGUACAUAGUUUUGUGUAUUUCGUAGAGGCUGUACCACAAAUUUGGAGAUGAUAUUAUAUUACUAUUUUGGAUAUAGUAUCCAUACGCCAAAUACUAUCAGGUGAGCCUUAAACUCGUUUUCUUCCGUAAACCUACUUGUUACAAAUUUUAUAUUAAGAAGAGGUCUGGUACUAAAAAAAUUUACUAGCUAAAGUUUGCGGCUACAAGUUAUAUAUAAACGGCUAUCGGCUAUUUGUUCCCUGUAUUGAACCAACUGUUUGGUACCUGUUACACUAACCACCACUGAAAUAAUAACAUUUCCAAUCAGUGAUAUAAUAACUGCAUACAUGAGUAGGUUCCAUGAUUUUGAUAUUCUUAAGUACAUUAACAUUCUAUAAAGCUUUUAAAAAAAUUGAAAAAUUGCCUUAGAUGAAAAUUCAUCUUUAUUUGAUUGCGUUUUUAUUUUGGAAUUAUGUUGAAUACCGAUAAUACUUUAUAUUUUUAUAUAUUUUACUUAACAUAUCCGUAUUGCAGCUCCAAAGAGGUAAAGGUAAUGACAUUAUAAUUUUAUAAGAAUUCUAUAUUUUAUAAAUGUAAUCUUAAUUAUGAACAAAUUAAUGUGAAAUAUAAUGCCAGCGCGAUGGUAGAGGGACUGGCCGCCAUCUUUAUGACGUCAUAGAUACGUCAGGUCCAGGUAGACUGUCAAAGGCCCGCCCCUGUAUCAGUCCGCCGAGCUCUUCACACUUGAUUGUUGUCAUUGUUUCUACUUGUUCCUUGUUGGUUCCGUGUUGUUAUGAAGUGACCACGCUUGUUUAUUGAUAUUUGUGUCUCGUGUUAUUUAUAUUUCACUUUGUUGGACAGUUGUUAUAUUUUAAUUGCUAGAUGUUUUGUAUUUACGUAAAAUAUACACGAAUACAUUAUAAGUUAGAGUUGGUUUUGAAUGGCAUGGCAUAGUAACUUAAUAUAAUAUUAUACAUUUGACGUUGUAUGUUUAUUUUACUAUUGACAUUGUCACAAAAUAUAUUAACAAAUUAAGCGUUAUACACUAUUUGAACGCGCCAGUUCAAAUCAUGCAUCAUCUUAAACACAGUUAAGGUUGAAUGGACUCGUGUGUAGCGCACACAAUAUUUUAAAUUUGACGUUGUGGUGUCGGAGUCCACGUUUUCCUUAUUUUGACUAUGAAAGCACAUCGACGGCACGUCCACGACACGUAGACUUAUAAAAAAUAUAUCUGCACCUUAGUUGCUGUGUUCGUAAUAAUAAUCAAUAAUAUAUUUAUUUGAUUUUUAUUAUUGAUUUUAGAUGUGACGUCAAGUGCCGGUGACGCACCAAUAUUUAGCCGGUAUAGCCCGUUACUGACUGACUGACUGACUAUAUUCCGAGCGCGUGCUUGUGUGUCGUCAGAAUGGGUGACAGCCUUAUCAUUGCUGCCCCAUUAUCAUCAUAUUCGUGUCAAGUGUAGACCGGCCAUAUUAUUUGAAACCAACUAUCUAAAAAUUGCAAAUAUAAAACUGUAAAUACGUAAUAUAGUAGUCCUAUACUGUGAUACGUUUUUAGGCCGAUGAUAAUAUAUUAUAUUAUUUUUGAAUAAAUUUAUUUAUUUUAUUUGUACGUUGUACAUAUUGUAGCUCUACUGUCCGUGUUAGUUUGUCUAGCGUGUCUUAACGUUUUAAUUGUUUACAAUCAUCUUUGGUAACACCUCGCGUCCACAGUGGGCAACAUCUUUGGGUUCGCACUCAGUGCAUAGUUAAAAAUAUAUAAUAUUUUCAUAAUU